AUGGAAGCUUCUAAACAUCCCAGCGCUAACGUAAGCAAAAGGAAUUUUGCCUUGAAAAAUUCCAGGAGAGAAGAAGAAACCAUAAGUAUCCCUGUUGGCUUGGGUCUUUUUAUUAUCGGAGUUCGUGGAUGUAAUGUUAGGAAAAUCAGAGAAACUUCAGGUGCCAAAAUUUAUGUGAACUUGGACUCGGUUCCUCCUUCAGCGAAAAUAUAUGGUACAUCUUCACAACGUGAACAAGCGAAAGCUCAAAUUAACGAAAUACUCUCCAAACUUGUAUUCGCCCCCGCCAUUGGAUUCACUUUAUUGAAAAUAAGUGACACCGACCGAUUCAAUGCAAAAUAUCAGUUUGUCGAAUUUACCGAUGAAAACGAAAACGUUAAAAACGUGCAAAGAUAUUGCCUCGAAAAAAUCAAAUCAUCAUAUGAUAAUGCCGUGAAUGCAAAUGAAUACAUAGGUGUUGCGAUGGAUGGAAAUUUUGAUGAUGUUCCAUCCAAUGGUUUUAACACCAUCGAUAAAUUUAAUCAAUGCCUUAAGGAAAUCUCCGUGCAACUCGCCGAAUUCGAUAAUCAUGGUACAAACUUCUUUUCAAACCACGGAUUGGGAAAUUUUAAUUCAAGACAAAUUCAAUAUCACAUAUUUUUUGGUCGUCAAACGUUCACAAAAGUGGAUUCACGAAGAAUUUUUAAUGUGGAUGAUUUUUGUAAAUUUGAAAGACGCACAAAAAACGAUGCAAAUGCCAUUAGUACCUCAUUCUCUCACAAUAUACCAUCGUUCUGGAAGAAUUUUGAGAAGAUCUGCGGAAGGUUUGGAUUAAAAUUGGAUGUGUCUAAAAAGGACAAGCGAAGUAUUAGCAUCCUUUACAUGCAUGACGGUCAACGAAGGAAGAUGAAAUUAUAUUGGUGCAACGAAGAAGGGUUAUGGAAAAUAAGCAAAUCUACGGAAAACGUUAGGCGUCACGCUAUAAUUGACAUCGUAUCAGGAACAGAAAGUCUGGAUUUACGAUUCAUGGUGAAAACACAGUCCAACGUGUCUGUUGAACCAAAUCUAAGACAUAUUAUCAAGGAUCUACAGGCAGAAAGGCUUAUUCCUGGUGAAGAAGGACUGUGGUUUGAGUUAAAGGAUUUUGAGGGCAAACUUGAUUGUAUUGGGGUCAGACAGAAAAUCAGCAAAAAAUGUUAUAGAAAUGAUCGAUUCAAAAUCGCGACGGUUACAACCCAACAGGAAAUUAAGGGACAAAACGACGAUCAGAUUACCACAGAGAAUUAUAUUAUGUUAAAAAGUCUUUCUUGGCGACGGCAUAAUAAAAGAACGGACAAAUCACUAAAUAUAAAUUUUGAUGAUGAAGUGGUGUCUGGGUCAAUUCAUGAGGCCAUUAACUUUGCUAGCGAGAUUGCAAAGUCGGCUUGUUAA